GACCAUGUCGACGACUUCCCCUCCUCCUCCUCCUCCGCCGCCGCCGCCGCCACCGCCGCCGCCACCUCUUCCUCAUCCUCCUCCCCGCCGUCCUCCUCGAUGGAGGUACGAUGUGUUCGUGAGCUUCCGAGGCAAAGAUGUGAGGAGAAACUUCGUAGCGCACCUCUUCUCCGAUCUCCGGCGGGCCUCCAUCCAAUUCUUCAGAGACAACGCGAGAGAAGACAUUGGGGAAGAGAUCAAAUCCAAGCUUUUCGAAGCGAUAUGGCAUGCGAGGAUUGCCCUGAUCGUGUUCUCCAGGAACUACGCCGACUCGAAGUGGUGCAUGAACGAGCUGGUCGAGAUCCUGGAGUGCAAGAAGAGGUACGGAACCCAUGGUCACCUGGUUGUUCCCAUCUUCCACGAGGUAGAAGCCGGAGACAUUUCGAACUUCGAUGGCGGAAGUGAAUUCGCUCAAGGGUUUGCGAGAUUGUGUGGAAAGGCGACAGAUGCUGAGCAGAUACAGAAAUGGAGGGACGCCCUGAGAGAGACUAAGCAAUUGACAGGAUUCGACUUGCGGAACGACGCCGGAGGGGAUGAAGGGAGACUUGCGGACAUAAUAGUAGAGUACCUUGUGGAGAAAAUCCGCGAAACACGGCCACUCUACUUUGUGAAAAACGCAAUAGGAGUGGAUGUCUUGGUACAUGAGGUGAUUUCUUUACUUGGAAAGGGCCAAGAGGAGGACGUGCGCGCGAUAGGCAUAUGUGGAGCAGAAGGAAUAGGGAAGACGGUGGCGUCCAGAGUCAUUUGCAAUAGCAUUCGCAGCGAUUUUGAGUGUUUUGUAUUUCUUGAUAAAAUUGGAGAAGCAGAUCGCAACAAUCUUGUAGGUCUAUUAGGCCUACAAAAGAAGCUGCUCCAUAAUCUAAUAAAGGUGGAAGGAUGGAGGAUGUAUGACGACAUUCAGACCAACAUCGACGAGAUAAAUAGUAACAUGUGCCUUAAAAGGAUACUUCUUGUUCUUGAUAAUGUUACUAGGAAAGAACAGAUUGACUACUUCGGGGCCGGAGAGCGAGAACUGCUGUGUCCCGGGAGCAGAAUUUUGAUCACAACCAGAGACCAAAACUUGCUAAAAGAUCUCAAGGUAGACGACAAGUAUAUCAUCAAAGGUUUGCACCCGAAUGAAGCACUUCAGCUCUUUCGCCGCCAUGCCUUGAAGAGAGAAGAACCUCAAGAAGGCUAUGAGGAGUUGUCCCAAAGUCUAGCUCAUUAUGCAGGAGGUCAUCCAUUGUCUCUUAAAAGGCUGGGUUCAUCCCUAAACGGCAAGUCAAAACAUCAAUGGCAUCAGACAUUGGAGAAGUUGGUUAAAAGCCCUUAUCUCGAUUCUCUCUUUUGUUCGUUCUUGUCAGUUGGGCCACAUGGAGGUCAAGGCGGUGAUGCUUUUGAUGAUGGGGCACACACUGGGGUGAGGCAAAUUAGGCUCUACGGACAGUCAGUUAUUGAUGCCAUCACCAUCGACUAUGAUCAGGACGGGUGUUUGGAGAGAUCCUCCCAGCACGGUGGACGUGUCCAUGACAAUGAAACGCUGGUGAGAUUGGAUCAUCCAAGUGAAUACCUAAUUUCUAUAUCAGGCCAUAUUGAUGAUUAUGGUGGUCAUGAUGUUGUCCGGUCUCUCAAGAUCCGCAGCAACAAGAAGACGUAUGGACCAUUUGGAUCUGAACAAGGACAGCCUUUUGAUCUCUCACAUUCAGAUGGAAAGAUUAUCGGGUUUCAUGGGAAAUGUGGCAGCCAUCUCCACUCAAUCGGAGCACAUUUUGGGCCGAUUUCUCACGCGUAUCCAUUUGAUGUUGUGGGACCAUUUGGUGGUGAUAGUGGUAUGGACAUUUGGGACGACAGAAAAUAUGUGGAUGUGAGGCAAAUUGUCAUAGGCUUCGAUUCAGCAAUUAAGUCCAUCUCUAUCUUAUACGAUGAACACGGACGUCCAGUUGGUCCGUUCACACAUGGCCCAAGUGGAGGAGGCAAAACAUAUACGAUCAAGCUUGACCAUCCAAGUGAGUACUUGACAUCCAUAUCGGGCUAUACUGAAGAGGUUUCUGGACUCACCAUUCUUCAAUCAUUGACAAUUCAUACUAAUAGAAGGGAUCAUGGACCGAUUGGAACAAAUAGUAAAGGGAGGCAUUUUUCAUUUCCAUACACCGGCGGCAAAAUUGUCGGGUUUCAUGGGACUUGCGAUGGCCCUCGUCUCGAGUCCAUCGGAGCUUUUUAUGAGCCGAUUCCUCAUACAUAUCCCAUUAAGGUUUUCGGGCCUUUUGGAAGGAAAGGCCAAAAAUCCUGGGAUUUUGUUGAUUUAAAGGGGAUUGAUGUUCUCUACACAGAUUUCAUCAAGUCCAUUACUUUUGAAGUCGAUGACGCCACCAGCUCCGAACCGCAAACUAAUUAUGGUGAAAAUGGCAGGGAGAAUACUUUCAAGGCUAAACUGAGAAAGGGAGAGUACAUAACUUCUUUUGCUGGAUAUCUCAAAAAUGCAAAUGAUAGUGGGACUCUGAUCAACUCGCUGACAUUUCAAACCAACGAAAGAACUUUGGGACCGAUUGGUAGAGAGGAGGGGGAGUACUUCUCCUUACCAUCGGAAGCUGGGAAAGUUAACAGGUUUUUUGGGACAAGUGGUGAUCAUCUGGAAUCUAUCGGAGCAGAGGUCAAACUAUACUCUAACAAGCACUAUCCCUUUAUGUCUGUGGGGUUAUUUGGUCCAUUCAUCAAUAAUUCGAAUGCAUCUUUUUGGGAUGAUGGCAAUAAGCAUACCAAUGUGAGGAAAAUCAUUGUUGAAUUUGAACCGAGAAAAGGGCCAUACAUCCGAUCAAUCACGUUUCAGUAUGAAGAGGAGUGUAAAGAAUUUUGGCAAUCUGAGACACAUGGUGGCAUUGAUGAAAACAACUUCCAUAUAGUAAGGAACGUUGACAUCCAUACGAUCAAAAUACACGAUCCAGAUGAGUAUUUGUCUUCGAUAUCCGGGUAUUAUUAUUCGUCCGGCAUUACUUCUCUCACGUUUCAAACUAACAAAAAGACGAUCGGACCUAUUGGUGAUGAAGUGGGAUGGCACUUCUCAUCUCCUGCAACAGGCGGCAAAAUUGUUGGAUUUUAUGGGAGGAGUCGCGAACAUCUCGAAGCGAUUGGAGCAUAUUUUGAACCGAUCUCGCAUCUCUACCCAAUUAAAUCGAUCGGGCCGUUUGGAGGCCUAGGUGGAUGUGCUUGGGACGACGGGCAAUUCAGCGGUGUGAGGGAAAUUGAGGUAAUGUACGACAGUAUUAUCCGUCACAUUAUGUUUGUGUAUGACAAGAGCGGUGAACGAGUUUGCUCAAGAGUGCACGGUGGCCCCACUGGGGAAGACAAGUCCAACAUCAUCAGGGUUAAAUUGGAUUAUCCACGGGAGUACUUGACAUCGAUAGCUGGUUACAAGCGAGAGGAUGGUGCUAUCGUUCAGUCGCUCACAUUUUACAGUAAUAAAGGAAGACAUGGUCCCUAUGGCAAGGAGACGGGGAAGUACUUUUGGUAUCCUUCAACCGGAAGCAAAAUCAUCGGCUUUUAUGGAACAUGCGGGGAGACUCUCAAAUCCAUAGGAGUGUAUGCAGAGCCCAUACCACACAUGUAUCCUUUCAAAACCAUUGGACCCUUUGGAGGCUCUGGUGGUACUCCAUGGGAUGAUGGAGUGCAUACUGAUGUGAGGGCAUUUCAUAUCAUUGCCAGCGACGUAAUUCACUCCAUCGGCAUUGUGUACGAUAACAAUGGUUCCAUCGUCGACCACAUUCAACGCGGCCAUGGAGCCAGCUGGGUCAUUCUGGAUUAUCCCAAGGAGCGUCUAGUUUCGAUAUCGGGUUGCAUGAACGGAAAUGGAAACGCUCCUCACACUAUCAUCCGCAGCCUGAACAUACGUACCACGAAGGCCAUUUACGGGCCGUACGGAUCGAAGGAUGCUUUCGGAAGGUUAACGGAAUUUUGUAUCCCGCCGGCAUCAGGUGGUGGCAGGAUCGUUGGCUUUUUCGGAAGUGUGGGAUCACGUCUUAAUUCUAUCGGAGCGCGUUUGGAACCAAGCAAUGAAAGAACUUCUGGACCAAUUGGUGUAGAAGACGGGAAGUACAUUUAUAUUCCAUCAACUGAUAAAAAGAUCGCGGGUUUCAUGGGAGGUGUGGAAUCUAUCUUGAUGCACUUGGAGCACAUUUUGAGCCUUGACAGGCUAAGCUCUAUGUGCGCCUUGCAGUUGAUGUUUGACUUCACAUUUAAUGUGUAUCAUCACAUAGGCCGGAGCUUCAAAUCAAUGUCUGAAACCGUCCACCGCCUCCUCUUAAAGAUACUUGGCCGUCCACCACCUCCUCCACUGCCGCCGCCGUCGCCGCCGCCGCCGCCGCCGCCGCCGCCUCCUCCUCCUUCUCAUCGUCCUCAAUGGAAGUACGAUGUGUUCGUGAGCUUCCGAGGAGAGGAUCUGAGGAGGAACUUCAUAUCGCACCUCUUCUCUGCUUUGAGGGAGGCCUCCAUUCAAUUCUUCAGGGACAACGCGAGAGAAGACAUUGGGGAAGAAAUCAAAUCCAAGCUUUUCAAAGCGAUAUGGCACGCGAGGAUUGCCCUGAUCGUGUUCUCCAGAAACUACGCCGACUCGAAGUGGUGCAUGAACGAGCUGGUCGAGAUCCUGGAGUGCAAGAAGAGGUUCGGGAACCAUGGUCACCUGGUUGUUCCCAUCUUCCACGAGGUAAAAGCCGGAGACAUUUCGAACUUCGAGGGCGGAAGUGAAUUCGCUCAAGGUUUUGCGAGAUUGUGUGGAGACGCGACAGAUGAAGGGCAGAUACAGAAAUGGAGGGACGCCCUGAGAGAGACUAAGCAAUUGACAGGAUUCGGCUCGCGGAAUGACGCCGGAGGGGAUGAAGGGAGACUUGCGGACAUAAUAGUAGAGUACCUUGUGGAGAAAAUCCGCGAAACACGGCCACCCUACUUUGUGAAAAACGCAAUAGGAGUGGAUGUCUUGGUACAUGAGGUGAUUUCUUUACUUGGAAAGGGCCAAGAGGAGGACGUGCGCGUGAUAGGCAUAUGUGGAGCAGAAGGAAUAGGGAAGACGGUGGCAUCCAGAGUCAUUUGCGAUAGCAUUCGCAGCGAUUUUGAGUGUUUUGUCUUUCUUGAUAAAAUUGGAGAAGCAGAUCGCAACAAUCUUGUAGGUCUAUUAGGCCUACAAAAGAAGCUGCUCCAUAAUCUAAUAAAGGUGGAAGGAUGGAGGAUGUAUGACGACAUUCAGACCAACAUCGACGAGAUAAAUAGUAACAUGUGCCGUAAAAGGAUACUUCUUGUUCUUGAUAAUGUUACUAGGAAAGAACAGAUUGACUACUUCGGGGCCGGAGAGCGAGAACUGCUGUGUCCCGGGAGCAGAAUUUUGAUCACAACCAGAGACCAAAACUUGCUAAAAGAUCUCAAGGUAGAUGACAAGUAUAUCGUCAAAGGUUUGCUUCCAAAUGAAGCGCUUCGGCUCUUUCGCCGCCAUGCCUUGAAGAGAGAAGAACCUCAAGAAGGCUAUGAGGAGUUGUCCCGAAGUCUAGCUCAUUAUGCAGGAGGUCAUCCAUUGUCUCUUAAAAGGUUGGGUUCAUCCCUAAACGGCAAGUCCAAAGAUCUAUGGGAUCAGACAUUGGAGAAGUUGAAGAGAAGCCCUUAUCUUGAUUCGCUGUCUCGUUCCUUCUGGUCAGUUGGGCCAUAUGGAGGUCAAGCCGGCGAUGCUUUUGAUGAUGGGGCACACACUGGUGUGAGGCAAAUUAGGCUCUACGGACAGUCAGUUAUUGAUGCCAUCACCAUCGACUAUGAUCAGGACGGGUGUUUGGAGAGAUCCUCCCAGCACGGUGGACGUGUCCAUGACAAUGAAACGCUGGUGAGAUUGGAUCAUCCAAGUGAAUACCUAAUUUCUAUAUCAGGCCAUAUUGAUGAUUAUGGUGGUCAUGAUGUUGUCCGGUCUCUCAAGAUCCGCAGCAACAAGAAGAUGUAUGGACCAUUUGGAUCUGAACAAGGACAGCCUUUUGAUCUCUCACAUUCUGAUGGAAAGAUUAUCGGGUUUCAUGGGAAAUGUGGCAGCCAUCUCCACUCAAUCGGAGCACAUUUCGGGCCGAUUUCUCACGCGUAUCCCUUUGAUGUCGUGGGACCAUUUGGUGGUGAUAGUGGUAUGGACAUUUGGGACUACGGAAAAUAUGUGGACGUGAGGCAAAUCGUCAUAGGCUUCGAUUCAGCAAUUAAGUCCAUCUCUAUCUUAUACGAUGAACACGGACGUCCAGUUGGUCCGUUCACACAUGGCCCAAGUGGAGGAGGCAAAACAUAUACGAUCAAGCUCGACCAUCCAAGUGAGUACUUGACAUCCAUCUCGGGCUAUACUAAAGAAGUUUCUGGACUCACCAUUCUUCAAUCAUUGACAAUUCAUACUAAUAGAAGGGAUCAUGGACCGAUUGGAACAACUAAUAACGGGAGGCCUUUUUCAUUUCCAUACACCGGCGGCAAAAUUGUCGGGUUUCACGGGACUUGCGAUGGCCCUCGUCUUGAGUCCAUCGGAGCUUUUUAUGAGCCGAUUCCUCAUACAUAUCCCGUUAAGGUUUUCGGGCCUUUUGGAAGGAAAGGCCAAAAAUCCUGGGAUUUUGUUGAUUUAAAGGGGAUUGAUGUUCUCUACACAGAUUUCAUCAAGUCCAUUACUUUUGAAGUCGACGACGCCACCAGCUCCGAACCGCAAACUAAUUAUGGUGAAAAUGGCAGGGAGAAUACUUUCAAGGCUAAACUGAGAAAGGGAGAGUACAUAACUUCUUUUGCUGGAUAUCUCAAAAAUGCAAAUGAUAGUGGCACUCUGAUCAACUCACUCACAUUUCAAACCAACGAAAGAAUAUUGGGACCGAUUGGUAGAGAGGAGGGGGAGUACUUCUCCUUACCAUCGGAAGCUGGGAAAGUUAACAGGUUUUUUGGGACAAGUGGUGAUCAUCUGGUAUCUAUCGGAGCAGAGGUCAAGCUAUACUCUAACAAGCACUAUCCCUUUAUGUCUGUGGGAUUAUUUGGUCCAUUCAUCAAUAAUUCGAAUGCAUCUUUUUGGGAUGAUGGCAAUAAGCAUACCAAUGUGAGGAAAUUCAUUGUUGAAUUUGAACCGAGAAAAGGGCCAUACAUCCGAUCAAUCACGUUUCAGUAUGAAGAAGAGUGUAAAGAAUUGUGGCAAUCUGAGACACAUGGUGGCAUUGAUGAAAACAACUUCCAUAUAGUAAGGAACAUCAACAUCCAUAUGAUCAAAAUACAUGAUCCAGAUGAGUAUUUGUCUUCGAUAUCCGGGUAUAGUUAUUCGUCCGGCAUUACUUCUCUCACGUUUCAAACUAACAAAAAAACGAUCGGACCUAUUGGUGAUGAAGUGCGAUGGCACUUCUCAUCUCCUGCAACGGGCGGCAAAAUUGUUGGAUUUUAUGGGAGGAGUGGUGAGCAUCUUGAAUUAAUUGGGGCAUAUUUUGAACCGAUCUCGCAUCUCUACUCAAUUAAAUUAAUCGGGCCAUUUGGAGGCCUAGGUGGAUGUGCUUGGGACGACGGGCAAUUCAGCGGUGUGAGGGAAAUUGAGGUAAUGUACGACAAUAUUAUCCGUCACAUUAUGUUUGUGUAUGACAAGAGCGGUGAACGAAUUUGCUCAGGAGUGCACGGUGGCCCCACUGGGGAAGACAAGUCCAACGUCAUCAGGGUUAAAUUGGAUUAUCCACGGGAGUACUUGACAUCGAUAUCUGGUUACAAGCGAGAGGAUGGUGCUAUCGUUCAGUCGCUCACAUUUUACAGUAAUAAAGGAAGACAUGGUCCCUAUGGCAAGGAGACGGGGAGGUACUUUUGGUAUCCUUCAACCGGAAGCAAAAUCAUCGGCUUUUAUGGAACAUGCGGGGAGACUCUCAAAUCCAUAGGAGUGUAUGCAGAGCCCAUACCGCACAUGUAUCCUUUUAAAACCAUUGGACCCUUUGGAGGCUCUGGUGGUACUCCAUGGGAUGAUGGAGUGCAUACUGAUGUGUUGGCAUUUCGUAUCUUUGCUAGCGACGUAAUUCACUCCAUCGGCAUUGUGUACGAUAACAAUGGUUCCAUCGUCGACCACAUUCAACGCGGCCAAGGAGCCAGCUGGGUCAUUCUGGAUUAUCCCAAGGAGUCUCUAGUUUCGAUAUCGGGUUGCAUGAACGGAAAUGGAAACGCUCCUCGCACUAUCAUCCGCAGCCUGAACAUACGUACCACGAAGGCCAUUUACGGGCCGUACGGAUCGAAGAAUGCUUUCGGAAGGUUAAUGGAAUUUUGUAUCCCGCCGGCAUCAGGUGGUGGCAGGAUCGUUGGCUUUUUCGGAAGUGCGGGAUCACGUCUUAAUUCUAUCGGGGCGCGUUUGGAACCAUAUUAAAGUUAAACCCCCUUCCCUCCCCCGAGCUGUAUUUUUAUCUACGUUUUUUUGUCUUUGGCUUGUGAAUUGUAAGAAUCUUCUUUUUAAUUUAUUUUUUUUAAA